AAUGAUCGCACGAGGUGUACGUGGACUCGGGUGAGAAAGAGUUAAGUCAGUUUUCUCGUCGAAGAUGAACCCGGUCUGUGCAUGCGUGUGUAAGCUAGAUCGUUUUUGACAAAUGACCGGCCGGCGCUCCCUCUUCUAAUUUCCUCGAGGAGGCUACAGUGCGAGGCAGAAUUAGUGAAAUCAGUUAGGUGGUGGAGUAGUGUUACUCUUCAGUUAAAACCUCCAGAUCUCUUCAAUCAUUUAAAUUUAAUCAUUUUGUAGUCAAGAUGGCAAAACUGGUCGUUUUGCUUUCCUGCUGCGCGCUGGUCAGUUUGGUCGUCGGGCAGCACGCGCGGGACCGAGUCGGCCCGUGGACGCAGAGGAUCCACUGGGAGAACAACGGGCACGUGUACAGCUUACUGAGUACGGGCACUGAGUACCACUCACCCUUACACGCCAGGAGGGAGUCCCGCGUGUACCUGAGUAGCCGAAGCCAGGCUGCCAGCCCCAUUACUCCAGGAGAAGCGCGAGACUCUUUGGCGCACUUUCGCAUAACGACGACGCACUCAGGUGCCAGCGGAACCGCGUCCACGGUCAUGGGACCGGACGGCAGACACUACGUCAUGGCGAACGGACGCGCCACGGGUGCUAGGCACGCGCAUCUGGUCGCGCCUCCACGGCAAGGACUCGCGGGGGCACCAGGCGCAAGACGUUACGCCACUGCCGCUGCAUCAAACAACACAAAUUCAGCGCACUUAUCAGAGUACUCGGGUAGCGGCGUCCCGAGAAGAUCAGCCUCGACCCCGGUGGAUGAUAACAGCGCGAACCGAAUUGUCGGGUUGCCCAGUACUGCCAUUCAAGAGCUGCAUCUGGAGAGUGCAGCGCCCACAAACUUGGAAAGCGCGCACAUGGAGAGCGUGAACGCGCAUCAAUCCUAUCCUAAUCCCACCAUCACUGGGGAAGAGAGCGUCGGUGAUGUCGUCGCUACAGCGCUUGGUCCGCUCGGAACAAGCGAGGAAGACGCGACACCCGACAACAUGGUCGGCGACGACCCUCGGAACCCACUGAAAAACCACAGGAAUACCGUUUUCUACAACGUGUAUCCAUCUGGCGGACGGGCUGUUACCGCGCGCACGCGCCGGCCUCCACCUGGAACUGGGUACGGCACGAGAUAUUUCCACAACGGUCUUCCGGACCUCGUGCCAGAUCCGUACUCCAUUCAGGCUGGCUCCUAUAUCCAGCGCGUGCAGAUGUAUGCACUCCGGUGCGCAGCUGAAGAGAACUGUCUCGCGCGGUCAGCUUAUAGACCAGUAGUUAGAGACCUCGACUACAGGGUUCUGCUACGCUUCCCUCAGAAGGUCCGAAACCUCGGCACUGCAGACUUCCUGCCCGUAAAACCCAGACACCAAUGGGAAUGGCACAGCUGUCAUCAACAUUACCACAGCAUGGAUGCGUUCAGUCUCUAUGAUCUGUUGGAUAUAAACACUGGCCGUAAGGUGGCAGAGGGACACAAAGCCAGCUUCUGUCUGGAGGACACUGGCUGUAACCCAGGCUUCCGUCGUCGCUAUGCUUGCACUGCACACACACAGGGUUUGAGCCCUGGGUGCCAUGACACCUACGCUGCUAACAUUGAUUGCCAGUGGAUCGACAUCACAGAUGUUCGUCCUGGUAACUACUUCCUUAAGAUCACAGUUAAUCCAAACUUCCUGGUUCCUGAGUCUGAUUUCUCCAACAAUGUGGUGCGCUGUGAGGUUUUCUACAGCGGUCAUCACGUCCAGACUCGAAAUUGCAGGAUAACCAGGAACUAAAACCUUGGACAUGUUAGGAAAUCUUUUCCUCCAUAGUCUCUCAGUCUGUAGGGACAAAUUCAUAAAUUUUACAUUUAUAUUCUGAAUUUAUAUAUUUCUGUAAAGCUGCUUUGGGACCAUGUCCAUUGUUAAAAGCGCUAUACGAAUAAAACUGAAUCGAAUCAAAGUGAAGUAUGUUGUAAGCUGGCAGUUUACAUAUAUGUCAUUCCUUUCAUUAGAGCAUUCAACAAAAAACUUGAAAUAUCAUUGGAAUAAUGUGUUAUAACAGUUGUACUGUAUAUGUAUUAUUUGCUUUAAUAUUUCUUUUUAAUUUUUAGUGUAACAGAAUAUUGUUUGCAGUAGCCUAUUAGAGUACAAGAAAUGACAUUUUUAUAAUACAUUUAAUUUAUAGCUUGUUGUUCUGAAUAUGUGCUUUUUGUUAUUUUAUGUGUAUAGACAAUUGCUUUUGAGGUCUUUGUAUUUAUUACAUAGGAAAAUGUAAGGGUAUGGUAUUCUUCAAUUUUUUUUCUUUUAAGUCCUAUGGUUUUUUUUUUCUACUUAUGUUUAAUUUCGGUGACUCCAGAGUAGACCACUAGAAAGGGUAACUACAUGAAGUAUUUCAUUCAUGCUGUGUAAGAAUGCAAGGACGCAUCCAAAAAGCAAAAAAAAAAAAAAC